AUGCUUGUCAUUGCUAUUUCAGCCAGCUCCACAUCUUUCCUAAAACCCUUUCCUAUACCCGCCACAGAUGCCGGAUUUAGCGGGCCACAGCCGGUCACACCCCUUCCGAGUUGGUGCCAUCACAAAGGGUGUGUGCUCCUCUUUCACCGCACGGACAUCCAACGCGAUCCAGAGGUGCACCGUUCUGAAUCUACACCGACGCCAUUUGGCGACGAGAAACUUUGCUGGCUGUCCGCAGAGUCGCAGAGCUUCACAAGCAUCUCCCCGAACUGCAAGUGGAAGUCUGCGAUCCUAGCAAAGAGAGCGUCGAUGAAUCACGAUUCGCACUCCCGCGAGAUUUGCAGCCGUUUUCAGGAUAUUGGAAUCGAGGAAGAAGUUUAUGCUUCGUGCACAUCAUGCACGAUGGCAGGUGGUGAACGUUGCGUAGUGUGCAACCAGCUCAGAGAACUCGACAAAAAGAUCAAGGAGAUGUCAGAGCUGCUUGGCCACCUCCUACGCUCUGCCGUUGACCUCAAGUCGCACCAGAUGAAGAGGCAUCGCGCUCUGAAGACACCGCGGAACCGCCUCCCUACCGAACUCCUUGCCCGGAUCUUCAUGCAACUCCUCCCACCUGGUCCGGCUUCCCCCGCAUCAACGUUCUUUCCGCUGCUGAAGGUCGAGGCGAAAGCAGCACCUGUCGAGGUGGCGAAGUGGAAUCAUCGGCCCUUGUCCGCGGUCUGUCGCGCGUGGCGUGAUGUUGUCCUGUCUACUCCCCAAAUGUGGACCUCGAUAGCCGUCAGUGUGGAAGAAAGUGACGCAUCGUACGCCGAAUUCGUCAGCCACCAGUUCCUUCGAUCGGGCGGGCUACCAGUAUCGCUCAAAGUCUAUGAGCCUCAUCGAUUCAUAAACAUUGCUUUACCUCUGCAACCCGUUCCUACCACACAUCGUAGGCAUCUCUUUGAAAUCAUUAACGCCCAUUCCAGCAGAUGGAAACGUUUGGGAACCCGUCUACGGCCCGCCAUGUUACAGUUUGUCUGCGGAAAGCCUGAGACAAAUUCGUCGAUGUCACAACACUUGACCAUCGAACGCUACAGCUAUAUCAGCGACAAUGAUGGACUCGCCCGUUUCGCCAUGAAGCAUUCGACGCCCAGCCCGAGUACGGUAUUCCUCAAAAGCAUCUCACUCGAUGCGGUUGCGAUCUCUUGGGAAAAGGUCACACACAUCGAACUCUGCUCUUUUGACCCCUCUGUUUUUUUGGCACUCUUCCGCACUGCCCAGGCGAUGUCCCACCUCACCCUCAAGGAGUUUUCUGUUGAGGACUGGUCCCCUCCAAUCCAAAUCAUUGAACACACAUCCCUCGCGGGCUUUCAAGAUUCGCAAUUCUGA